GCGGGGCGGGGUUGGAGCGACGUGUUUAUGCGACGCGGAUCCACCCAACCCCGAGCAACAACAUGAAGCUGGCGGCGGUCACCGUCCCCGUCACCGUCUGACAGCGCCUGUCCGCCGUGGGUCGGGUAGCGGACAUGGAGAAGGGAGAGGCGGCUAAGAAACUAGUAAUCCAGUCUGCCAUCAUGUGCUAAAAUAUAGUGAAUUAGCCAACUUGAUAAUAGGAAGCUGGAAGGAUUGUUUUGUAAUAGCAGGAUAUCCAGCUUUCAGCAGAGGUAGAACCAUUUAUACCCCAGAAGAAGGGUAUUGAGACGGUUGUUCCUAUGGCACUCCAAAAUGAUGGAAAUGGUUGUGGUGUUGAAGGUCCACCUAUUCCAAGUUACUUGAUCACCUGUUAUCCCUUUGUACAAGAAAACCAAUCUAAUAAUAGGCAAUUGCCUGCGUACAAUGGUGAUAUUCGGUGGCCUCAAGCGAAUCCAAACUCAGGAGGACCAUACAUUGCUUAUCCAAUAUUGCAAACUCCACAGCCUCUUGUUUCUACUGAUUAUGCUUAUUACCAGUUCAUGCCAGCACCAUGCACACCGAUGAUGGGUUUUUAUUCCCCUUUACCAACACCGUAUACUGCAUCCUUCCAACCUGCAACCGUGGUAAAUGCAGUUUCUGAAUGUAAUGAAAGAUCCGUUCCUGCUGGAGCUGUGUGUCCUACCACAACGCCGAGAAGCAGAGUCAACAGAGGGCCAUUGCCAAAGACUUUGAGAACCAGCAAGCCUCUGGUUAGAAGUGUGGCUGUUCAGAAGGAGAGCAGUGCCUCAGGCCCUGAAAAUAGAUCAAAAAUUGUUUUGCUGGUUGAUGCCAGCCAGCAGACAGAUUUUCCUGGAGAUGUAGCUAAUAAAUCUCUCUCCGAGAGGGCCAGUCCCAUGCUUUGGAAAUCAAAAGUCAGACGAAGAAGAGCAUCUCACCCUGCUGCUGAAUCUUCUAGUGAGCAAGGAGCCAGUGAAGCCGACAUUGACAGUGAUAGCGGCUAUUGCAGUCCCAAGCACAGUCACAGUCAAACCACGGCAACUGCUGCUCAGAGUACAGAAUGCAGCAAUGUUAAAGCCGAGGAUUCAGCAGGGAUCACAGGAGCCCCUAGUUGGGCGAAUAUAGCUUCCCAAGCACCACAGAGGUUUGGGAUGGAUAGAUUCCAGGUGAUUCCUUGCAACAGAGGUGGAAGACUAGUAGAUCAACGAAACACACAGGAUUGUUUCAGAGGGAGGAUGCAAGACCCAGAGAGAACACCAAGCCAACAGAAGAAUCGUGAUUGGACUGCCGGACAGUCCCCUGAAAAACUGCAGUUUACCAAUGGGCGAAAGACCGGAGCUGAACAAAAUAAUGAUUUGUUAUAUUUUAAGGAUGACAGUGAGUUUCCGGAAUUGAUUAGUGGAGCAGGAGUUUCUAAGAGAGUUGGCCUUGACAAUGCUCAGACUAAAUGUUCUUCCGUUUGUCAACUCCCUAAAAAGCCAGUGGGGGUGGGUGAUCUCUCAGAAACCUCUCCAAUCAAUAUUGUACAGACACCAAUUCCAAUAACUACAGCUAUUCCAAAACGUGCUAAAAGUCAAAGGAAAAAAGCAUUAGCUGCAGCACUUGCCACAGCUCAGGAGUAUUCAGAAAUUAGCAUGGAGCAAAAAAAGCUCCAGGAGGCUCUGAAUAAGGCAGCAGGGAGGAAGAGUAAAGCUCCUGUACAACUGGAUCUUGGUGACAUGUUAGCUGCACUAGAGAAGCAGCAGCAAGCCAUGAAAGCAAGACAAAUGACGAAUACAAAACCACUGUCAUACUCGGUUGGUACAACAGCGCUUUUUUCUGUCAAAGAUUGUGGGAGCAUGAAACAUUUACACAAUCAAUUUGUUGGAUUUCAUAAUCCAUUGGAUUCUGGUGUCCUGAGGAUAAGAAGAGGGAAGGAAAGGGAGAUUCCAAAAGCAAAACGUCCAACUGCUCUUAAAAAGAUUAUACUGAAAGAAAGAGAGGAAAAGAAAAAUAGAUUUUCAAUAGAGCCAACUAUUGUUGGAUCAGAGGAACAAGGUGAUGCUCAACUAAGCUUUCAGGAGGAGCAGACAUUAACCCAUGAAGUUGUUUCUCAGGAAGAUAUUGGAUUGAGUGCUACCAGUGACACUUCUCUGUCUCCUGCAAGCCAGAAUUCCCCAUACAGCAUGACACCAGUUUCGCAAGGGUCCCCUGUCAGUUCAGGAGUUGGCAGUCCAAUGGCAUCUUCAACCAUCACAAAAAUUCACAGCAGGCGCUUUAGAGAAUAUUGUAAUCAAGUGCUAAGUAAAGAUAUCGAUGAAUGUGUGACACUGCUACUGCAAGAACUUGUUCGCUUUCAAGAACGUAUUUAUCAAAAAGAUCCAAUCAAAGCUAAAAUGAAGAGAAGACUUGUCAUGGGUCUACGUGAAGUAACCAAGCAUAUGAAAUUAAAAAAGAUUAAAUGUGUGAUCAUCUCUCCCAACUGUGAGAAAAUUCAGUCUAAAGGUGGACUAGAUGAAGCUUUAUACAAUGUGAUUGCUAUGGCUCGGGAACAAGAAAUUCCUUUUGUCUUUGCCCUUGGACGUAAAGCACUGGGUCGUUGUGUGAAUAAACUUGUUCCUGUCAGUGUCGUGGGGAUUUUCAACUACAGUGGUGCUGAGAACUUGUUUAAUAAACUGGUGGCAUUAACUGAAGAGGCCCGCAAGGCAUAUCGUGAUAUGGUAACAGCUUUGGAGCAAGAACAAGCUGAAGAGGCAUUGAAGCACACCAGAAAAGUUCCCCACAUGGGUCAUUCUCGCAACCCUUCUGCAGCAAGUGCAAUUUCAUUUUGUAGUGUGAUAUCUGAACCUAUUUCUGAAGUGAAUGAAAAGGAAUAUGAAACAAACUGGCGAAAUAUGGUAGAGGCCACUGAUGCUCCGGAAUGCCCCGAGACUGAGAAAGCCACACCAAAUGUGACUGCUGCUCUGAAGAAGUCUAUAACGUUACCAGCGGCCACAAGCAGUGCUAACAAAACAAAUUUAGGAAUAACCACUACCUCCUCUGUGGCCCAGACACCAAAAUUCACUGGUUCAGACAAGGGAGAAGGAAAAGCAGAUGAUAUGCUUGAGUGGGCCUCUCAACAGAGCACUGAGACAGGAUCACUUGAUGGUAGCUGCAGGGAUGUUCUUAAUUCCUCCAUGAUUAGCACCACAAGUACUCUUGUGCCAGACAUGCUGGAGGAGGAGGAGGGGGAUGAUGAUGAAGAGGAGGAAGAGGAGGAGGAAGAUGAUAUCCCAGAGUCUGUUGCCGUCAUGGUAACAUUUAGCAGUAGAAUUGAUGAUUGGGUAUGUGAAGCACAAAAAACACUGGAAAUAUUGCAGCUUAGCAUAAAUACUGAUAGUACAGAGGAAGAUCGCAAUGGGCAAUGUGAUGUAGAAGAACAUGAAAUGGUGGAGCAAACAGAUUCAACCAUAGAGACCGAAGUUUCUCAGCCUGCAGAAUCGGAGAGCCAAACCUGCUCAUAACUUUAGCCCCCAGACCAGCAGCUCUCGUUCAGAGCACAGUUUAUUUUUGGGUAGAUUCGUGGGUUUACAAAAAACAUUGUCAAUUUUUACAUUAUAAUACAAGCAACUGGGAAAAGCAUUUUAUCCAUUUGAUGUUCUCCUUUGGCAAAGUCUGAAUUUGUUUUGGACUCCUACCAAUAAUUCCCUCCUACCAAUUUUCUGUUGUUAACUCUUAAUUGGAUCAAAAUGACUAUUCUUUUGCUUGUCAAGGUAACUAAUUCAGAAUCUUUUAAUCAAAUUUCAUAGCCUUUAAUACUUAAUGCCUAUCUAUAGAAUUUUUGAGCAAUCAUUCGAGUCUACCUAGAGAUACUGUAAACAAAACAGUACAUCACUGACCUCAGGAACAUGUAUAGGAACAAUAAAGAAAAAAUCUGCUAUUUAUAACGUCAUCUCAAUUUUAGUCAUUGUAUGGAUAGAUCAUAAAGUCACUCAUUGAAGAGUUCUGCCAUUUAAAAAUCUAUCCUUUAGUGACCCAAAUCUGUGUCUUUGUGAAUCAUAACAUGUUUUUCUAGAUGGUUUAUGAAAGCCCUUUCUGAAUCUUUGGAGAAAAUGUAAAAAUCGUUGGUGGAAAAAAAGCCUGCAGUUUUGUUUACAAAAAAGAAUCGGUCUAAGUGGCAGUAGUUUUGUAUCGGAAUUUAAUUGGACUGGUAUUUAAAAAAACAAAAUUGAUCUCUACAAAGUUUAAGCAGCAAAAAUGGUGUUUAAAAAAAAAUUAAAAAAGUCUAUUCCUUGUACAAACUACUACUUUUGAUCUUCAAAUUCCAGUUUUGUGCAAUAGAUUGAUGGAUGCAUGUGACCAUACUUGUAUAUGAUAAAGCUAUAAUGUUACUAUCUGUAAACAAAAACAAAAAAAAAUAGCAUUACUGGGACCUAAUAGACUUUGUCUGGAAUUUGCUUAUAUCAGCAUUGUGUAAUUGUGUAUUCAGAGAAAGUUGAUAAAAUGGAUGUUAUACAGCUCUUCAUUUUCCAUUUCUAUAUUGUUAUUCACUCUUUUGCUGCCACUCUAAACAGAAUUUUUGAACUUGAACCUGAAACAAAAAUGUGAAAAUUGACCUUGUAUGUGCAUGGGACAUAGUAGAAAAUAGUUCAUUUUAAUUGAGAUGAUGAUCAGGCAACAUUUUUCAUAUCUUCCUCAGCAACGUUGUACAAUACAAGUUUACACAACUGUAACAAUCUCCAUUGGACCAUUAAUUGGCUAUGGAUCAUUUUUAUUACAUCAAGCUUGCAAUUCUGGAUUACAUGAGAGUCGGUUUUGACUAUUUGUAUGGUUAUAAACUGUACUUAUGGUGCUGUUACUUAUAGUAGUAAAUAAUAUUUUCAUUACAAUAUUUGGUGAUAGAGGCAAUGAGAUACAUUUGCAUAUUUGUAACAGUUGAAAACUGGCACAAUGUUCAAAGUUGAGAAAGAAACAGAUCCACCCAAGAUGAAAUGUAUUUAGCACUAUACUUGAUAAUGCAAAUGGCACCUGUGAUCUUUUUAAUCGCAUCAUGAUCAUUGUGGAAAUUUGUUUGGCACUAUACUGACUGCAGGAGUUACAAAUAUUCACAGGGUGAAUUAUACUAUUAAAUGCACAAAGUAGUUUUAAUACGUCUUUUAAAAAAAAAAAAGAUCCGACCUGUACACUAACAAAGGAAAUAAUUUUGGUUGUAAGGGUGUUUGUAAAGAAAUUCUCACAUAUUGCUCUUACAUUACAGUUUCAGGAUUUGAGUCGGGUAUAUUAAACACACAGGGUUUCUUUACUGAUAUUUCAAUUGUGAUUUUAAAAUCUGAUUACAACUGAUGCCUAGCUCAAUUUUUUUAAAAAGUUAUGCAACACUAAUACUGUUGCACAUAUGUAUGAGCUUUUUUUAGAUGGUUAUAGAAACUAAAUUGAAUUUAGGAAAGCAUCUGAUUCAAACUGGUACAGAACUUUCACUGGGGGAUUUUUUACCUAUUCUCAUAUGCAAAAAAUAAAAUCCUUUCACAAUGAAAACUGUUGCUUGGUGGAAAUGGGAAAACACUGCUGGUGUGUGGCAAUUUUCUGAUAGAUGGUAGUUAAUGAUUCCACAGUAAUGCAUUGUUUAGGUGUUUGGAAGUCUGCAGUUCCUUGUGGCAACAGUAGGUUGUGCAUAACUUGAUCUGUAGCAACACCUGGUGCUGAAAACACUUUUAAGGAAAUAUUUUUAAUCUUUAUAGGGGAGACAUACUUAUCUUUUUUGUUUUAUAGUUAAUUCCAUUUGUAAAUUUUUACCCAAAAUAGAACUAUUCACAUACAAAUUAUGGCAAAUUUCAAAUCUUUAAUAUUUAAUUUCUGAUAAAAAAUAAUAUAUUAUGCAAAAUAACUUUCAAAGAUUUUGUUAACCGUGUUCAUAAUUUAACACCUUUCUAUUGUCGGUAGAUGUCCUGAACAUGGUUAAAUACUGUUCUGUAUUAAUACACUGUUCAAGAAAGAGAACAAUAUUCCAUCAGGUUGGUGGUUAAAAAGCUAACAUAAUAUCCAUUGAAUUUCUGACCCUUAUCUUCAUUAUUUGUACUAAUAGUGUGUGAAUAGCUUUGUGAUUUGUCACGCUUAUCUCAAUUAAUAGGAACUAGUUUUUUGUUUUUUUCAUGUACAUUGCUCUUGUUUUGAAUAGCAAAGGAUAGAAUGUUUGUUCUGAUACAUUCCCAGGACCGUGUGCAUCUGGUGAGGACAGGAUUUAUUAGGCUACUAAUACUCAUUGGAGGAAUUUCAAAUUUGGCCAACUAAGUAAAAAGUGUACUGUUUGGGAAGUUUAAUUAGUUGCCUAAUCAAUGUUGUAAACUAGAUUAUACAGUUAUGUUUUCUCCUAAGAAGCUCGGAAGACAGGCUGUAAUAUUCAGUAAUACGCCACUUGCUAGACAUUAGUUUGAUUUAUAUCUUGCCUUCAUUUGGAAUCCAGUCCAAAAUAGAAAGUCAGAUGCAAAGUGAAAUUUGAAUAUUAGUUAUAUGAAGGGUGAUGAUUUUUUUUUGCUUGUGUGACCAGCAUAUAUAUCAUUUCAUUUAAUGUACAUAAUUGCAUAAUUAAAAAGAUAUACUUGCACUAUGUAAAUAUCAAAAUUUCCCUUCUGUAACUAAUAAAUUUGCUGAUUAUUAC